AUGGAAACUCAAACUCAAGCCACACCACAGUGCAAACCCACCCCCGUCAGGCACAGCUUGGCGCGGGCGGUGGCGCGGGCGGUUAAGCGGCAGGUACAAGCAGUGCAGAAAGCUAGUGUAUAUGAUGAUGAGGACUAUCUUUUGGCUUUAAUUGUAGGAAAAAGUUAUGACGAUACUCAAAAAUGCAAAGAUACUCUAGAAAAAUACUGUAAUGGACUAAAGGAAGUAGAUGCAAAAUUAGAAAAAGUAGACAAAAAACUAAAAGAUAUCUGCAAUAAUAAAGACAAGAAAUGCAAAGAUUUAAAAACUAAAAUUACAGGAAAAUGUACAACACUUAAAACAGCUUUGGAUACUAUAGUGGCAAAACCAUCGCCAGCAGGCGAUGAAUGCAGAAAGAAUGAACAAGAAUGCCUAUUUUUGGAGGGAGCAUGUUCUAAUGUUCUUACAGAAAAUUGCAACACUUUAAGAAAUAAGUGUUAUCAAAAAAAGCGUGAGGAAGUGGCAGAAAAAGCACUUUUAAGGGCACUUAGUGGAAGUCUUGAAGAUCAAAAUAAAUGUAAAGAGGAACUCAAAAAAGUUUGCUUAGAAUUAAUUGAAGAAAGUGACGAAUUAACAAAAUUAUGUUUUUACCAAGAAGAGACAUGUACCAAUCUACUGCAGUUGAAAGACACUAAUUGCCAGUCUCUUAAAACAGAAAUCGAAGGACUAAAAGAUGAUGAUGAGUCAAAAAAGAAAUGUCAUUUUUUGCUUGAAAAGUGUCACUAUUACAACUUAAGUUGCAAAGGAAAAUAUAGCCCGGGUUGUAAAAAACUAGUAAAAAAAUGUAAAAAUAUUAUUUACACUGCAUCAAAUUUAGAUUUUGAUCCUACAAAACCGGAAACUACAUUGGCAGAAAAAGUGAAUCUAAAAAAUCUCUAUGAAAAAGCAGAAGAAGAAGGGAUUCAUAUUAGAAGACCUCCUAGAAAAGAUGUAACUACACUCUUGGCAUUGUUAAUUCAGCAUCAAAGUGUCUCAAGUAGAAGUGAUAAUAAAGAAAAAUGCAAAGAGGUUCUUAAAGAAAAAUGCAAAGAUUUGAAAGAGCAUAAAAUUUUAAAGGGCUUAUGUGGAGAUAACAAUGAUGCUAAUGCAAAUGGAACCAAAAAAUGUAAUGAAUUAGGUCAAGAAUUAACAGAACAUGCUCGAAUUGUCUCUGAAAAAAUAAUCAAACGUCUUUUUAUAACUCAGCAAAAUAAAAUUGUUACUUGGCAUGAAUUAAAGACAUUUCUUACUGAAAGAGACUGUACAAGAUUAUUAUCAGACUGUUUUUAUUUUAAAGGUCAAGGUCCUCUUGACAAAGAAUGUGAUAACUUAAAAGCAGCGUGUUAUAAAAAAGGACUUGAAUCACAAGCAAAUCAAGCAUUACAAGACAAAAUGAAAGGGAAAUUUCAUGAUACAAAUGAUACAUUGCUUAAUAUUCAAAAGGAGCUAGUAAAGGUAUGUCUGGGUCUGAAAGAAAAAAGCGACCACUUAUUUGUCUUGUGCACGCAACCAAAAGACGGGGCCGUUACAUUAUUAAAUGAUUUAGAUAUGAAGACAAACUUAUUGCAGGAAGAUUUGAAUGAAAAACGAGAUUUUCCUACGAAGAAGGAUUGCAAAGAAUUGCGAAAGAAAUGCGACGAUCUAAAACAAGAUUUUGAGGAACUUGAAUGGCCUUGUCAUACGCUAGAGCAUCAUUGCAAUAGACUAAAUAUUGCAGAAGAAUUGGAAGAGAGGUUCUUGGAAGGAAAGGUGAAGGAUUUGGAUAAGUUCGAUUCAUGUUUAAAAAAUUUGGGAGAACAAUGUCAUGAAUGGAACAGAAAAGGAAGAACACAGUUUGCUCUUGCAUGUGUAGCACAGAAUAUUACUUGCAAAAUUCUUACAAAAAGCGUAAAAUCUAAGUGUAUUAUAUUGAAGGCACGUAUGAAAAAAAGUAAUGUUGUAGAAGCAGCAAAAGGAGAAAAAACAAUGGAAGAAACAUGUGAUUCUUGGGAACCUUAUUGCAGAAAAUUCAUGUCAAGUUGCCAGAAUCUAACGACUGCUGGUGGCGGAGAGUGUGAAAAGCUUAGUGAGGAGUGUAAAUCAUUCACCGAAAAGAAGGAAUUGGAAUUGAAAGUAGUUGAUCAAUUAAAGGGUCAUUUGGUCACAAAAGAAAAAUGUAAGGAUGAACUUGACAAAUACUGCACACAAUGGGCGAAUGCAAGUAAUGGGCUUGAAACUUUGUGCAAAGAAAAUGGUAAAGGGGAUAAUCAAGUUAGGGAAGAGCUUUGCAAGAAAUUAGUAGAACAAGUAAAAAAGCAAUGUUCUGGAUUACAGAAAAAACUUGCAGAGGCCAGUAAAGAGCUGGAAAAGAAAACUAGCGAAUAUGAGGAUAUCAAAAAAAAAGCAGAAGAUGCAAUGAAAAAAGCAAGUCUUGUUUUAUCAAAAGAAAAAGUAGAAAACAAUAAAUCGGAAAACGAAGUUGUGCCUAGUGCACCAGCCGUACCUAGUGGAAAAGAUACAAAACCGUUUAGACUUAUAAGAAGAGAUGCAACAGUGAAAGUAACAGAAGACGAAGCAAAAGCAUUUGAUUUGGUAGCACAAGCAUUUGGACUCUAUGUAGAAUUGAGAGAGAUAUGCCAUGAUUUACUAAAGGGAUGUGGAUUUAAAAAAGAGUGUGACUGUGUCAAUCCAUGCGAAACAAUAGAGAGUAAAUGUCAUGGAUUGAAACCACUGGAAGUGAAACCAUACGAAGCAACAACUAAAAACGUAACAACAACAACCACAACUACAACGACGACAACAACAACCGUUACAGAUCCAAAAGCAACAGACUGCCAAACUCUGCAAACGACAGACACAUGGGUCACAAAGACAUCGACCCAUACUAGCACUUCUACGACUACUUCCACAGUCACAUCAAGAAUAACGUUGACUUCGACGAGGCGGUGUAAGCCUACGAAGUGCACGACAGGAGAGGGGGAUGAAGCAGGUGAGGUGAAGCCAAGUGAGGGGCUGAGGAUGAGUGGGUGGAAUGUGAUGAGGGGGGUGUUAUUAGCAAUGAUGAUUUCAUUCAUGAUUUAA